GUAGAUGAAAUAUCAGGUAGGCGUUUAAAGAGUCAUACAAAUUGCUUUGUGUAUGAGGCUAAGUAUAUUUUGAUCGGUAUUAUCAGUAAUAUUGUAUUGACUACGCGUGCAUGCAAUUUGGGAAGUAUUUUUAACCGAUGUCUGCAUACGAUCCAUUCAGUAUUCAUAAUGGAGGUACUCAUACUUUCAAUGGGACAGAAACUAUCAGUCGGAUGGUGGUGGAUGGAAAUUAUAUUGAUGGAUCUUGGGAAUUAUCUGUUCGCGUUGAAGACAUAAACACAAAUGUUUCAGUACGUGUUUCGGGUGAUCUGCCACUGGGUGGUUUGAUGCAUCUAAUUGUCGAAAAAGUGAAGUUACAACAAAGUUGGUCAGAUCAUGCAAUAUGGUGGGUCGAUAGAAAUGUAUGGCUUUUGCAGAGCCGGACAACAUUGGAUCAAUAUGGAAUUCAGUCGGAUGCUAGAUUGGUGUUUCAUCGUAUGCAUAACGAUGUUCAAAUAGUUUUACCCUCUUUAACUCCUCUAGUACUUCGUGUCAAUUAUGCCGCCCGGUUGUUUACUGUGGUUCGGGAUAUAUGUAAAGAACUAAACAUACGACAUUCGGAGGAAUUAUCUUUAACACUUCCUAUCACUAAAAAUAUGCUUAAAACAAAUUGCCCAUUACCGACUAUUCGUCCAGGCUUGCGACGUCCUGGUUUGCCCAAUCCAAGAAAUGAUCAAUCUUCUGUUAAAUCGAAGUUCCCUUCACCUGCGUCUUCAAUUUAUCCUACAGUUGAUGGACAAAAAAUUAAUCCGUAUAACACAUUGAAUUCAAAUGCUGGUACAAUAAUGCGAUUUAAAUCUGAUAACUCGUUAGAUCAAGAAAGACUUGAUUUCGCUCGCUAUGCUGACUGUUCAUUGAGACGUUCUGCAAAAGCAGUGUUUGCCGAUAGCUGGUUAAUGAAACCCAAGAAUUUAGUUCAAAAAGCACGGCUGAACAGUGGAUGGUUAGACUCAUCUCGGUCACUUCUAGAACAAGGGAUUAAACCAUCAUCUUUGGAACCCGAUAGUCAUAGUCCAUCUAGCCCUCCAACUUUAUAUCUGUGCUUCAAAUAUUUCACUUUCUACGAUGUGAUUUUGAAAUAUGACGCUGUUCGUAUUCAUCAGCUUUAUGAACAAGCUCGGUGGUCUCUUCUGUCUGGCCAGUUUGAUUGUACAGAGGAUGAGAUGGUUGUUUUUGCCGCCUAUCAGCUGCAAGCCGAGUUACAGUCUGCUGCUGUCAAUCAGCACUUAUGUAUCACAAACUUCCCAGAUAUGAAUAAUACAAAUCCUUAUUCAACUUUAGGUGCUUGUACAACUGUGAGUUCUAAUUAUGUAAAUCGUAGUCCAGUUCAUGCUACUUCGAGUCCCGACUUGGCAAAAAAGCACUAUCCGCUUUAUAAUAGUGGUGGGUCAGUUUCACAGUUACCUCGGAAUUUAUCUCCAAUCAGUUCAGCUUUGGUGGAUGAAAUACCGAGUAAUGUACAUAACGUAGGUGGUGUAGACGAAGUAGAUGAACUCCUGUCAGAACUGGAACAAUCGUGUGGAGUUGCCGACGAGUCUGAACCAGUAUCACGUACUCUACAAAAUGCGAUUCGACCAACUGGCCAUGAUAUGACGGAUACUUCUGAAGUACCUAGUCUUGAAGGUUCGAUUAAAGUAUUCCGAGAUCGCUCUCGCCUCCUAAAACGUUACAAAGCGUACUGGGCUGUUAUUGUAGAAGCUCGUCUGUAUUUAUUCAAAAAUAAAACACAAACAAAAGAAUGCUUAGCUGAGUAUUCACUUCGCGAUUGUACAGUCAGUUUUGAUGUGAGUGUUGCACAUCAAAAAUACAUAAUCAAACUAUCAGUUCCUUCUAUAUUGGAUCAAAAGACAAGUAAUGGUUCUCCUCUCACUCCUUCGGGUAACUCCUCUACACCUAGGGAAUUAUGCUCUACGCGAGAAGAAAUAUGGUUGAAGUUUGAUUCAGGUGAACAAUAUGCUUGUUGGUUAGCUGCAUGUCGUCUUGGUUCUAGGGGGAAAACAUUGGCAAGUAAGGUAGCCUACAGUAAAGAAGUUGAAGCUACGUUAGAAUUACUCAAACUUCAGAUGCCUGGACCAUCUCCAGCUAUGUCACUUUCAGAAUCUACAGCCUAUUUGGGUGAUUUGACAGAUUUCUGUAAUGAACGUAUUAUUCGAAAGGCACGUUCUAAAGAUACUCUAAGACAACGUAUCACUGAAGCUCAUGUAAACAUUCGUGAUCUUGGUUUAUUAGAAGCUAAAUAUAAAUAUAUUCAAACCUGGCAACGACUGACUGAAUUCGGUCGAAGUUACUUUAUUGUACAGUUUGAACGUGGGUUACUAGGAUUGCCAAAUACAAAUAGUGGAGGGUUAUUCAGUACUCCAAUGGAUGACAUUAUAGCCAUCUGUCAGGGUCGUAUUGAGGUUGUUUCUCCACAAACAGGCGAAGUUUUAUUAACUUGGAAUUUUUCUGAUCUACGUUCAUGGAAUGUUAAUUGGGAUGCUGAAAAAGUCAUUUUAGAAUUUCGCAAUUCACAGGUAACAUUUCGACCAUUGUCGACCAACUGUAAGACAAUCGUAGAAUUUAUUGGUGGGUACGUAUUUCUUAGUCAGCGCAAUUUAGAAAAAAGUCAAGAAGUUAAUGAACGUCUAUUUCAUCGCUUGACUGGUGCAAAUGAUUGAGUUCCUGAUUUUUUGUUAAUAUCUAGAAAUAACAUUUGCUGUUGCUUAAUUUCAAGUUUGUCACUUUCACACUCACUUUAUUGUCGCCUCCAACAAAGGGAAAUCCGAAAAUAUUUUGGUGACUUUUACAUUCUCAGUACUAUCAGUUCAUUUGAUUAGACAAGCGCAGGAUUGGAUUUAUAUUCUAUUUCAAAGACUGCUAUUUUCUACAUAAAUUCUCAAGCGAUACCUAUGCAUGUAUAUGGAUGAAUUAAUCUAUCGUUUAGCAGCCGCCAUUUUUAAAUUGCUUUCUUUUGCAAGCAUUUCUCCAUUUGGCUAUAUGUUGGUCUGUUCGAUACAAGUAGUGAAGCAACGUCACUAACACUAUCCUACUAAAUAGAAAAAUCGUAAAUCAUGAAAGUGUUCAGGCUGUAUGCACUUCACAACCAUUUAUAUCAAGAUGAUUUGCUGGUAUUUCAUUCUCUUCAAGUUCAUAACAUAAAUAUAUAUGAUUUGAGUUUUCAAUGUCAUUAGUUGAUUAUAACUAGUGAUUAUUUUAACAAUAUACUAUUGCCUUUCGUAUUAUUGUCAUCAAACGGCAAUCAGCAGCUUAUUGACUGUAUCUCUUGAUUAGGUGAUAUAACACCUAACACUCCAUAACCUUCCUUUUUGUCAUUCUCUAAAGUUAAUAUUCCUCAGCAUAUUCCAAAUUCACUUUAGAUAUUUUAAUAACGGUCAACGUUUGUUAUUAAAUUUUUGUUUCUAUUCAAUAAAAUAAUAUUUAAAUUUGUCGGUAAGAGAGCAUAUGAUAAACUUCUUUAAAGUUUC